UUGAUAGUUGAAAUCCGAUAAUGGGGAUUAGUUUUACACGAAAAGAAACUAAUAAAGUCAUUUAUAGAAAGUAAAUGUUGCACAGUUCCACUCUGCAAAAUUAUAUGUGAUAGUGUUCUAGUGAUAAACAGAUUGUCGCUCUUGGAAUUGAUAUUGUUUUUAUUUGUUGUUUGUUGGUUUUAACACAAUGCACUAGGAAAAUUGUUGUACAAGGAUUACCCGCUGUUUUAAUUGUGUAUCAGUUAUCAUUUUAAGACGAUUGUUCGAAAUCAGCGAAAAAGAUGCAGACAGCUACGAUGCCUGUAAAGGAGCGCUUCGACGCCGCCGUUAAUGUUAUAAGAAGUAUGCCAAAGAAUGGCACAUUUCAGCCGAGCCAUGAAAUGAUGCUGAGAUUCUACAGUUUUUACAAACAAGCCACAUUGGGUCCCUGCAAACAACGAAGGCCUGCCUUCUGGGACGUUGUCAACAGAGCGAAAUGGGACGCCUGGAAUAAACUAGGUGACAUGCCGGCUGAAGAAGCCAUGUUAUUAUACAUAGCCGAUUUGGGUAAAAUCAUCGAAACCAUGGCUUACACAGACAACGUUGCUAGUUUCAUACAGAGCGUUGAAGGAGUUGAAGGUUUAUCUCUAGACAUGCUUGAAGCUGUAGCCCCUAACGCUAUACAAAAAGUUCGAUCCACACCAGCAUCUCCCAUCACUUCGCGAGAAGUCAGUCCUAUACGAGAUGAAAAACUUGUUAAUGGUAUUAAAACAAACGGUGUGCACCAUUCAGAAACACCUGACAACUCUGAAGACGAGUAUAUUGAUACCGUAGAAAGUGAGCAUGAAUUAACAACGUCCAAAGCUAAAGUACAUGUAAGUCGCAAGGAAAGAAAACGUAGAGGCGACAGUUUAACUAAAGAAACCUUAAACAAUGUUGCACAUAUGAAUGACGAGUUGCACAAAUUAGAAAACCAUUACGCUGUUAAUUUAUGUGAGCAGUUACAAAAAACUAUAGACAGCAUGAAAGCUGAUUUACGCAAUGCGAAUGAAAGAGUUUCUAAAAUGGAGCGUAAGACUAAUCAAUUCCUGGCGGUUCGUACCAAAGUGCCCCAGUGGUGGCCGUUUCAAGGUAUAACACCUAAUUGGUUUCUGUUUCUGAUUCUGUGGCCGUUCAUAGCGCAGAGAAUCAGCAAUUAUCUCACGCAGAAGAGGAAUUAAAUGUUAUUGUGAUUUAUUGUUAUUUAUGCUGGUGCACGUAAAUAUAUAGAGCUUGAUGUAGUGACACAAUUAAGUAGUAACAUACUUAUAUGUUUUUUACAAUAGGUGAUAUUUUAUCCAAAACGUUUUAUUUUAUUCUCAUGACUAAGGUUGA